AUGGUGAUCUCAAAGCUAGAUGCAAUUAUUAUGACAGAGAAUUUUAUGCUCACUCUAAAAAAAAAUGAAAGCUCUGCAUUAAAGAAUCACAUGGGUAUUUGUACUAAAUUUCCUCAUGUUAGUGGCUAUGGCAAUCCUUCCCAAACGGAAUUAGUUUUAAGCUCAAAAGGAGAUCCAUUUUUGGCUUGCCCUAGAUUUCAUAUGCUGUCACGAUGGAUUAUUGCUAAAUAUUACUAUCAAAUUUAUGUAGAUGAAAAAAAAUUCCUAAAUGAGGCUAUUGGUAAGGUAAUUGACAAAUGUUUGCAUGAUUGGGGGAUUGAUAAAGUUUUCACUAUCAUUAUUGAUAAUGCUAGUUCUAAUGAUGUUGCAAUCUCAUACUUGAGAAAAAAAUUUAAUAAUGCAAGAAGUAGUAUUGUAGGAGGUAAAUAUCUUCAUUCAAGAUACAUCGCUCAUAUGGUUAACCUUAUUGUGAGUGAUAGGUUAAAGGAAUUGACUAAUUCAGUUGCUCGUGUUAAAAAGGUAGUUAGAUAUGUGAGACAAUCACCCUCUAGUGCAAUGGCUAAAAGAAUGAAUGAUAAGUAUAACAAGUAUUGA